CGUGGGUUGUGGUGGUAGGAGGUUGGCUUUGAUCUUUAAUUUUGCAUAUUUUUUGCUCUUUUAUUUUAAACUGCAAGAGGAUGCACAGAGGGAGAAAUUGAAACAAUUUGUUGGCUUUUGUUUACCUGGUGUGUGUAAGAAGCCACCUCGAUCCCUCUCUGCUCGCCAUCCCUGACCUUUCUUUCUUUUUACUCCUUAAAAAAAAUUAAUUUCCCUCUCUGUGCAAUGGAGCGUGGGGGAUGGAGGGGGAAGGGUUUGAGAAUCCACCCAAGCCCGGCCCCUAUUCCCCAGAACACCAAUAAUAACCCCCUUUAAAACAUUUACCUUCCUCCCCUGCUCCUCCUCCUCCCCUCGUCCAACCACCCCUAACUCAUAACUCUGUUGAGUCCAGAAUCUCAGAAUCAGGCGUUGGCUUUGCCGGGUGCUUCAGAUCAAUGGAUGAGUUCCACCCGUUCAUCGAGGCGCUGCUGCCUCACGUCCGAGCCUUCUCCUACACCUGGUUCAACCUGCAGGCGCGGAAGCGCAAGUACUUCAAGAAGCACGAGAAGCGGAUGUCAAAGGACGAGGAGCGCGCAGUGAAGGACGAGCUGCUGGGCGAGAAGCCUGAGAUCAAGCAGAAGUGGGCAUCCCGGCUGUUGGCCAAGCUGCGCAAAGACAUCCGGCCUGAGUUCCGAGAGGACUUUGUGCUGACCAUCACCGGCAAGAAGCCCCCCUGCUGCGUGCUCUCCAACCCCGACCAGAAGGGCAAGAUCCGGCGGAUUGACUGCCUGCGCCAGGCUGACAAGGUGUGGCGGCUGGACCUGGUCAUGGUGAUUUUGUUUAAGGGGAUCCCUUUGGAAAGUACUGAUGGGGAGCGGCUCUACAAGUCGCCCCAGUGCUCGAACCCCGGCCUGUGCGUCCAGCCACAUCACAUUGGAGUCACAAUCAAAGAACUGGACCUUUAUCUGGCUUACUUUGUCCACACUCCGGAAUCCGGACAAUCAGAUAGUUCAAACCAGCAAGGAGAUGCGGACAUCAAACCACUGCCCAAUGGGCACUUAAGUUUCCAGGACUGCUUUGUGACUUCUGGGGUCUGGAAUGUGACAGAGCUGGUGAGAGUAUCACAGACUCCUGUUGCAACUGCAUCGGGGCCCAACUUCUCACUGGCAGACCUGGAAAGCCCCAGUUACUACAACAUAAACCAAGUGACCCUGGGGCGGCGGUCCAUCACCUCCCCUCCUUCCACCAGCACCACCAAGCGCCCCAAGUCCAUCGAUGACAGCGAGAUGGAGAGCCCAGUUGAUGAUGUGUUCUAUCCUGGGACAGGCCGCUCCCCAGCAGCCGGCAGCAGCCAGUCUAGUGGAUGGCCCAAUGACGUGGAUGCAGGCCCUGCUUCUCUAAAGAAGUCAGGAAAGCUGGACUUCUGCAGUGCCCUCUCCUCUCAGGGCAGUUCCCCACGCAUGGCUUUCACCCACCACCCGCUGCCUGUGCUUGCUGGAGUCAGACCAGGGAGCCCCCGGGCCACAGCAUCAGCCCUGCACUUCCCUUCCACGUCCAUCAUCCAGCAGUCGAGCCCGUAUUUUACACACCCAACCAUCCGCUAUCACCACCACCAUGGGCAGGACUCGCUGAAGGAGUUUGUGCAGUUUGUGUGCUCUGACGGCUCGGGUCAGGCCACUGGACAGCCCAACGGUAGCGGCCAGGGCAAAGUCCCGGGGUCAUUUUUGCUACCGCCGCCGCCUCCAGUGGCCAGACCUGUGCCCCUUCCUAUGCCUGAUUCCAAAACCACCAGCACGGCCCCAGACGGCGCCGCCUUGACUCCUCCAUCACCUUCAUUCACAACGACAGGCGCCUCCUCUGCCAACCGGUUUGUCGGCAUCGGACCCCGGGACGGCAACUUUCUGAACAUCCCACAGCAGUCUCAGUCCUGGUUCCUCUGAUUAAGAUCAACAAAGAAACAACAAAAUUAAAAAAAAAAAAAAAAGAGGUUCCUCAAAAGGGGGGAGAAGAAAUUUUGAGACAUGGAAAUAUCCCCCAGCCCAGCCCCACCGAAAAGCAA